AUGACCGAAACAACUGGCGAAAAUUCAAACAAAAAUACAUUAAAAAGAAAUCGUCCAGGGACAAAGCUUGAGGAUGCUUAUCAGUUUGAACAUGUUUCUCUGGAGGAAAUUAACUCGGCUUUCGCUUUGCAAGAAUAUUUACAAUCGCUGAUAAGAAAAGAUAAGGAAAACUUAGACUUGUUGGUUGAAUUACCUCCAGACCAAGACCCGGAGGCUUGGCAAUAUGAGCAUUUAAGGCAAUUAUGCCUAGAACUCAAUUACUUAGUCGUACAGCUUGAAUCAGAAUGUAAUCGACAAUCAUGCCCCGAUAUGAAAGCCGAUGAAUGGAUGUAUUUAUGCGCAGCACAUCCGACUCCAAUGAACUGCUGUGCAAUAGAUUAUAUAGUUCACACUCUGGAUGGGGCAACAACUAUGCUGAAUAGCCACAAGCAUUUUCCAAGCAGGAUAUCAAUAUCAAAUAAUUCUGUGAAGCAUUAUCAAUCCAUAGCGAGAAGGCUUUAUAGGAUAUUUGCUCAUGCUUGGUUCCAUCACAGAGAAGUCUUCGAAUCGUUUGAAAACGAAACUUUUCUCUAUGGUCGUUUUAUGAAGCUUUCCGAUCGUUAUGGAUUAGUGGCGAAAAAUCUUUUAAUUAUACCUCAAAACAGCGCCGAAGAUUCCAAUGGUGAUGAGACAUCCACAGAAAGUUCGGAAAUCAUAUAA